AUGGCAUGCAGACAAAAGUCCAACUGGUCCGCAGAUCCAGUACCAAUUAAACGUCAAAGUUAUUCUUUGAUUAAACGCAAUGCUUGGGCAGAUGAUGAUGAUAAUGAUCGAAUUCUUCAGAAUAAGAGAAACCCUACCUGGCAUUGGUGUUUUAGAUGGUGUAUUGUUGGAUCAUUACUCGUUGGAAUAGGUUUAGCAAUUGUACUUACAUUCUGGUUGACCUCAAAAACAACAGCAACAGAAACAUUAAUUGUAGAAACAUCAUCCUCUGGCUCAUCAAGUAGCUUAUCUGUAUCAACCUCAAUUAUCACUUCAUCAACAACAGCCUCGACAGAAAGGCACACAAUAACAACCACAAUAACGACAACAACAACAACAACAACAACAACAACAACAACAACAAAAACAACGACCACAACAACAACAACAACAACAAAAACAACGACAGUGGCGACAACAACACCAGCAUGCGGCAGUGCUGUCAACAAUCCUUCAGGACAAAUCUUGAAUUUGCCCGCUGGUUCUGCAAAGACCACGUAUACACAAUACAUUUAUGGUUUCAUGGCAAAUCAUUCUUCAGCAACUCUAUCAUUUAUAAUCAAGGGUGAGGGUGGAGAUGGUGCCGUUCACUACUGGCUAUUAGACGAAAUAUCUGUGAAUCAUACAAACGCAAACACAGAUGUUCUAAUUAAUGGUGGUUUUGAAACAGGAAAUUUAAAUGGCUGGACACAAUUUUGUAACACGACUGCCAAUUGUGAUACAAAAUCAACUGGUAAUUAUGCGCAUACCGUAACAAAUUCAUGUUAUACAGGAACAUACUGCGUUUACGAUUCAUGUAAGAAUACUGAUUAUCUGGAACAAUCGUUUUCUACUGUAGUUGGGGAUUACUAUUUUAUAUCAUAUUAUAUCAGAAUCGAACCUGAUUCAGGAGGACCUUUGCAAAUGUAUGUCACAUUAACUUAA